GGUUCCUAGUGUACGGAGGCCGGAAGCGUCUCCCAUGCUGUACGGAGGCCGGGACAGGACAGACAUCUGUAACCUUCUGUCAGUAGUAUGAGGCUGUUCGGGAGCCUCCUCGUCUCCCAUGGCAGGGUGGCCCGGCGUAUGGGGCUGGGGCCCCGCUCCAGGCUGGACAUGCUGCGGAACCUGCUGACGGGGCUGGUCAGACAUGAGCGGAUAGAGACCACCUGGGCCCGGGCAGACGAGCUGCGCUUCUAUGCCAACAAGAUCAUUGAUUAUGGGAAAUGUGGCGAUACAGAUGAGAAAGCCAUGAAGAUGGCGGAUUUCUGGCUGACGGAGAAGGAUCUCAUUCACAAGCUUUUCAAGACCCUGGUUCCUCGCUUCAGUUCGGAUGACGGCAACUAUGUAACUAUGUUCCAGAUUCCGACCCGAGAAAAUCUGAACCGCGCCAAGAUGGCGGUUAUAGAAUACAAAGGAAACCCCCUCCCACCGCUACCAGUUCGUAAGAAGACCAAUGAAAAGACUCUUGUAAACCAGCUUCUGUUGGGUUAUCGCCUAGAACAUUCUCUGCCGACAUCCGCAUAAGCCAUCGGAUAACGUUCUUCUGUUGGUUCCCCCGGGACGGGGGGAAGUAUUUCCUGACUAUUUCAUAGAUCCUGUGGUUACUCCUCUCCCACCUGGACAUGUUUAUUUCCUCAUCAAUAAAACUAAUUUGACUAAGGUGUGUUCCCCAAGGAUUGCCGGAAGACGCCCGUCGGGUUGUAGCGUUGAGGACUGUGUUCAUACAGUGUACCCUUCCCAGUGCAAAUUAUAAUGUUACAGAAAGUUCAGUAUCGCGGUGUCUGUGGCAGCUCAACUCUGUAACCACUGAGGAGCAAACCUCACGUCGCCUACACAAGAACAGGGGCCGCUCGCAUAGUUCCCCAAUUCGUAGCAUACAGCUUUAGGUAAAUGUUUCUAGACGUGUAACUUUAAAACACUUGGCGUUUGCUUUUCUGAAACGUGAUUACACCGCAGAGCCGUCCAGACCUCUUCCAUAUCCAAAUCCUGAAAUAGGCAACUUCUGCUAGUGCAAUACCGCUACAGCCACACUUAGAUCUGGCAGAUUAUCUGACAGAUAAUUGUAUAGUGUGUACCUAUCUUUAGUGCUACACCAACGGUCCAACUAAAAUGUGCUCACAGGAUAACAGUAAUAAAGAAGCUUAUCUGAU